AUAUUAAUUUGACGUGAAAUACAAUAAAUUGUCAAAAAAAAAAAAUGAUAGACACUCGAACUAAAUUCUAGGCUUCAAGACAACAAAAUAUUUUGGUAGUGAUUGAAAAAUGGGUAUUUGGUAUGCUGAAAAAUGUGAACCUGUAGUAAAAGGCAGUGUUAUUAAUUUGUCAAGUGAUUGUAUUCAAUUCAUCGAGACUGGUAAACCACCUCGAAAAACCGUUUUAAAAAAGAAUUUUCCUCUAGAGGAAGAAGAAUAUUUCACAAGAAUGAAAACUAUAGAUGAUAUUCAUUCCCAUAAUUCAGGUGUCAACUUUGAAAAUUUCAAAAAAAUGGCUAAUUCUUUAGAAGCCACUAUACAAUCCAAUAAAAGUGUUCCUUGUGCCAAAAGAAGGUUAUUGAACUGUCUACGGGAUAAUGAAUUCUGUAUGAUAAAAUGUCGCAAAGAAUUAGAUAAAUUCAUCGACUGUGUAGAUGCACUACGCCUCGAAGUUAUGAAGAACAAAUUCCAGACUAAUAUGAUGCAAGAUAGUUCUAAAAAAUCUGCUGGAAUAACUGAAGGUUCAGCAUGCCCAGGCCCAAAGAAAAAAGUUUACCUCUCAGAUGGAUAACGUUUUAUUUUACAAUCUUAAUCUAAAUAAAUAUCAACGUUUUUCUAAUGCUUUAAA